AUGUCUUCAACUAGUACCAGUACACUGACACUCAAUAAAUCUUCCUUCAGCCUCACAGGCCCAUACGGGGAUUGGCGAGAUGACCUUCAGUCACAGGGAUACGCCGUGAUCAAGAACGCGAUUGACCCUGAAAAGGCGCAAUAUUACCAACAAAAGGCGUUAGAUUGGCUACAAUCCUUCGGCACCCCACUCGAUCUUCAGCAACGCUCCACCUGGACAACAGAAAACCUCCCCGUACAAAGCAAAGUGAACACCUUCAAGCAUUACUCCGUGGUUCAUGAAAAGUUCAUGUGGGAGGCUCGCAUGGAGCCGAAGAUCCUGGACGCUUUCUCCAAAAUCUGGGGCACCGAUGAAUUACUCGUAUCCUUCGAUGCCUUGAAUGUAACCUUGCCUAAUAGGGAAGACAAGUCUGCCCUCAAGCCCUGGCCGCAUGUGGACCAGUCGCCCCUGCGUCGAGGUCUGCAUUGCGUCCAGGGGAUCAUCAACCUGAGCCACGCGGGCCCGGAAGACGGAUCGCUUAUUCUACUUCCGAGAUCGAACACCGUGAUGGAAAACUUCCUUGAUACCGAAACGGAAGCAGAUACGUGGGAGAAGAGGGAUUUUCGCUUUAUAAGCGAGGAUGAAAUGGCUUGGUUUGAAUCUCGCGGCAUGAAGCCUAUCAAAGUACUCGCCGAGCCGGGGGACUUGAUUGUCUGGGAUUCCCGCACAGUACAUUGGGGUGGUGAGCCGACGGUCGAUAGCGAGACUAUUAGAACGGUUAUUUAUGCGUCGUAUUCACCGGCGAAGUUGGCUUCGCAAGAGACUCUUGAGCGGAAGAAAGAGGCCUUUGAAUCAUUCCUGGCAACUACUCAUUGGGCACAUGAUAAUGUUGUCAUCCGAGAAAAGGAAGCUUGUUUUGAGGAUGGGAGCGUGGAUCCUCGCAAUAGAUCCAAGCCACUUGAGGAGCCCGAGUAUUCUGAUCGCUUACUCCAAUUGGCGGGGCUCAAGCCUUAUUGA